AUGACAAAUUUAGAAAAUGUCACAUCAUGUUGUAAUCAAAUAAAAAUAUUAAUUGCCAAUAUAUUUCGUCAAGCACAUACACUUGAAACAGUUGAUUUAAAACUUUCUGGACUUAAUAAGACGGACAAGUUUUGGCUUUACAGAAAAACAAAUGUUAAUAGUGAAGAUUCAGUCAUAAAUUGGAAUGAUCCACCAGGACUUCGUUUAAUACUAAAUGGUAUCCGAUUAGUUGAUAAUGACUAUUGUUUAACUAAACCAAUUGAUCAUAUAUUGAAUAAGACAACGUUAGUUUUCAAUAUUGAUCAACCAUGUAAUUGUUUCAUACUCAAGUUUAAAUAUUCUUUUGAUUCAGAACAACGUUCAAGUUGUCUACUCAAUGAUUCAGUUAUGAAUGAGUUACGUCAGCGAUGUGAACACAUAAACUCAUUUUAUGAAUUAUUAUUAAAUGGUACAACUACUUCAUCAUUCACUGAAUGGAUAUCAUCAUUACCUAUUGAUUCGAGUACGUCAAUAUCAACAACAUUCACUUUAGCUUCAAUAACAAGUAUCAAUGUUGAAACAAGCAAAACAACAGUUUCAACGAUGUUAACCUCCUCAAUUACUGUUGCAUGGAGUUCGAAUACAAUCGAAGAAUCAUCAAUAUCAAGUGUUAUCAACUUGACCAUGGCAAUUACUCAAGUUUCGUCGAAACAACCGAAUACAAAUCAACAAAAGAAAAUUAUUUUAGCUACAACGAUUCUCUCUGUAUUUGUUAUUAUUGUGUGUUCAAUUAUUAUUCAUGUUUUCAAAAGAAGACAAACGCAUACAUUAGAUGAAAACAUUGAAAUGCAUCAAAAAAUCUUGUUCAACAUUGAUGAAAAAUGA